AUGCACCCACCCCAGGUCGACCCAUCAACACCAAAGCUCUGUGUAGCCAACAAAGUGAACAUCAAAGUCUCUGAUCCACAAGACCACUUUGCGCCAGCAAUUAUUCACGAGCCUCCGAUCAUAUACGAAGUGCAAAGCUACAGCCAAGGUGACAAAAGGACCAGCGCUGUAGUCCUAGUAUCAGGCGCUGGCGGAGGCGUUUCUGGACCAGGAGGAAUAUAUCCCUCCUUAGCAGAUAAAAUAGCUCUCCUCCUCUCAAUCCCCUGCAUCCGCCUGGACUACCGAAUCCCAGCCGAAACGAAAACCUGCACAGCCGACAUCCGCGCCGCAUUCGACCAUCUACACGAGAAAUACGGGGCUCAAAAAUUUCUAGUAGUUGGCUGGUCCUUCGGCGGAAGUCCAUGUUUCACCGUCGCAGCAGAAGAACCCACCCGCGUCCUAGGCGUGGUAGCGAUCGCAUCCCAGGUCGCAGGAACAGAGGGAGUCAAGUCGCUAGCUCCACGCCCACUCUUGCUACUACAUGGGGAAGAAGAUACGGUUCUAUCACCUUCGUGUUCUGAGACGCUUUUCCAUCGAUACGGGACUGGGGGCGAUAGGCGGAUGAGAAUUUUUCCCGGUGAUGAUCAUGGGCUUACGAAGAAUGCGGUGCUUGUUGAGCGGAAGAUUUUUGCGUUUGCGGCGUGGUGCCUUGGGUUAGAGGGGAUUGUUGACGCGGAAGUUUUGGAGCAGGCCGGGAUGGAUUUGGUGCAUGGGAGGGAUGAGAGGGUUAGGGAGAUGGAACGGGGACGGGAUUUGGAGAAUGGGGAGAAGUUGUUCUAG